CGCCGCAGUAGCCGGUGGCGCGCGGCCUGCGGGUCUGCCGCCCUCGCCUCCGUGGCCUGCGGUUCAGGCGCCCCAGCGGCGGCGAGCGGCCGGGCCGGGCCCGCAGCAGAAGCAGAUUCUGCCAGUAUACUGUGGACAACCUUACCACAAGUGCUGAAGGCAGGAUGCCACAAAACCCACCACCAAAGGGAAUGAGUCGAACUGCAAGAAAGGAAGCAGGUGACAGCAGGACUCUCCCUUCUGAGGACCAGCAAGAAAUGGAACCUUCCUUUCUCAGUGAUACUUUAACAUUCCCUCCAGAAGGAUUCCAAGCAAAUAGGAAGUUUACAUCCUUUACUCCAAAGCCUCCCCGGAAACCAAGGCUUGAGCGAACAUCCUCUCUUGAUGAACUGUUCUGGAGGAGGAGGAGACUCUUCAGAAUGAGCCAAGAGUGCUUGGUUGAUACUGCUGAGAUGAGCUCCUCUAACCGAUCCCUGCAGGGAAAUCCUCCUGGCGUGCUCAGACUUGCCUACUGUGGCAAUCAUAACCGUGACCAGGAAUCUCUGCACAGCUUGCACAAAGCCUCUGAAACUCCACACACUGGCUUUUUCUACUCAUGUGAGAACAAGCCUCAGUUGUCCAAAGUAAUGCCCACCUGUCCUCCCCCCUCUCUCAGACUUGACGGCACCUUCCCUUCUCUGAGGACAGCUAAUAGGAUUGACCUGAAUUGUGCAGAUUACAGACCUCCUUCCUGGAGCUUGUGUGCGAAGGCUGGCAGCAGCUGGAGUGACACGAAGCUACACAGCCGAGAGAUGGUCUGUGACAAUUGCUCCGCUGCCUCCAUGAAGUCCACCUUCAGCCUUCUGACACCUCUCCGUAUCAGAGAUGUUCGUAGCAGAAGUUACUUGGAAGGCAGUCUGCUGGCAAGUGGUGCUUUGCUGGGAGCAGAAGAGCUGAGCCGGUAUUUUCCUGAUCGGAAUAUUGGAAUCUUUGUGGCCACCUGGAACAUGCAGGGCCAAAAGGAGCUACCUGAACUGCUGGAUGACUUGCUGUUGCCAUCAGAUCCUGACUUUGCCCAAGACAUGUAUGUGAUAGGAAUCCAAGAAGGCUGUCCCGAUAGGCGAGAAUGGGAGAUCCGCCUGCAGGAGACGCUGGGCCCCCAUUACGUCAUGCUGUACGCAGCUGCCCAUGGAGUGCUUUACAUGUCCAUCUUCUUGAGAAGGGAUCUUAUCUGGUUCUGUUCAGAGGUAGAGUAUGCCACAGUGACAACUCGCAUUGUGUCUCAGAUCAAAACCAAAGGUACUCUGGGAAUCUGCUUUACUUUCUUCGGCACAUCCUUCCUUUUCAUCACAUCCCAUUUCACAUCUGGAGAUGGCAAAGUGUAUGAGAGGGUGCUGGACUACAACAAGACCAUCCAGGCUCUUUCACUACCCAGAAACAUUCCGGAUACUAAUCCCUAUCGCUCCAGUCCGUCAGACGUCACAACACGGUUUGAUGAUGUCUUCUGGUUUGGAGACUUCAACUUCCGCCUGAACGAGGAUCGGGAGGUGGUGGAGCAGAUCCUCAGCCGAGGUCUGGAAACAGACUUGUCUAAGUUGCUACAGUGUGACCAGCUAUUGAAGGAAAUGGAUAAUGGGACUGUUUUCAAGGGGUUCCAAGAGGCUCCCAUCCAUUUCUGUCCUUCCUACAAAUUUGAUGUUGGCCGGGACACUUAUGACACUACCUCCAAACAGAGGACACCUUCAUACACGGAUCGAGUGAUAUUCCGAUGCCGUAAUAACGGUGACAUUCAAGCUGUGAAAUACUCUUCCUGCCUUGGGAUGAAAACAUCAGACCACCGACCUGUUUAUGGGUUAUUUCGUGUUAAAGUGAGGCCCGGAAGGGACAACAUUCCACUUGCUGCUGGCCAGUUUGACCGAGAGCUGUAUUUAAUUGGCAUCAAGCGACGGAUCACAAGAGAACUUCAGAAAAAGCAGGCUGACCAGAAAGGCAGCACCGUCUGUUCCGUUUCCUGAUCUUAAAAUGCCACCCAAAGGAAGUUUGAGGCAGCCUUCAGCCAACUCUAUGCUGAAAAGUCCUGGAGUUGAGCCUUAGCGACUUGUUGGAGGCUUAUGCAGUUGGGUCUUCAAGCUCUCCUUGGGUGUGUGCUGCAGUGAUGGGGAGAAAUGAGCGAAUGUCCUUUGGUCAAGUGCACCUGCCGUUUCAAAUAGGUUUGAUGCACUGGCAGAUCUGUCAAAGGAGGGCAUUUUUAUCCACUGCAUGAGAUGCUGUUCUGGCUCAUUUCUGCGUUUUUUGAAAAGUUGUGCCUGAAAUGAAGGACCUAACCAACACACCUAGAUCUGGGAAGGCCACAACUUUUGUCAGGUGCCUCUUGGUGUGGUGGUUUUAUUCUUCCUCCGGCAUUUGCAGCCAGGUAGCAGAAUAAGAAGGAAAAGUGAAAAGGAUGCUAAUUUAGGUAUCCAGAGCACCCAAUUUUCUGUAUUUUAGAAAUAAAGGUACACUGGAGUAGAAGCCCUGGUGAGAUAUCCCAAAGAGAAAUGAGCUGUUGCUAUUCAACCUGCUCUGGAGUCCUAAGCGCCUCUCAGGCACCUCCCUUGAUCGUGGUUUAGCACAAGCCAAGGGCACCGGGCUAGGUUGACUUCCCCUGGGACAAUCCAUAUUAGCAACUUUUUGAAAGAUUCUGCUGGUUAGCUGAAGAGGUACAGUGCAAGCCGGCUUAAAGUGGAGGACCUGAAGACGCCUCUUUCUGGCUUGCUCGUGCCUUUCAAGUGCUUGCCAGGGGAUCCAAGGAAUGUUCACAUUGAUUGGGAUGUGCCUUUGUCCCAUUCAACCACUUGUUGCUCUGGAACUUGUUUGUGUCCAAAAAAUUUUUUAACAAAUAAAGGAGCUCGACAUUAA